UGUUUUGAACCAUUCAUUACGCGUUGUUUGGUCGCGAAGAAGUUUUAAAUUAGACAGCCUGAGAAGUGAACAUUGGUCAAGUCAAUACUCUGAGGAAAAAUGAAGUCGAUCUGUGUUCUUUUACUCUGCGUUUUAGCCGUUUCAGGCCAGAUUGUGAGGGUUCCUGUUCAGGGUGGAGAAUCCAACGAAGAGAAUUUGGGUUUCUUUGAUCAACUGCUCAGUUUCUUUAACAAAGAAAUCAAGCCUGAAGUUGAGAAGUUCGUAUCUAAAGGAAAGGAUUUCUUGGAAGAAUUGGAAAUUGAGAAGAAAGGAAAAGAAUUAGUAGAGAAAGCAAAAGAAGUUGUCAAUGAGACCACAACAACGAUUUUGGAAAAUUUGGAAUUGGAGAAAUAUUUCAACCUUUUCAAAGAGAAAUUAGAUGAUGGCAAAGAAAUCGCUGAAGACAUCCGUGAGCAGAUUGAAGAAUUUCUCAGAAAAAUUCAGGAAAAAGCCGAGGAAUUGAAAGAAAAAUUCCCCGACACUUUGCUCACCCUGAAAAAUUUGUACGAGAAAUUGAGAAAACGCGUUGAGAUUCUUCAAACAAAGAUGGAAGUUUUGCAAACGAAAGCCAACGAGGCGUACGAAGCUGGUCAGGAGCAAGUUCUCAAGAAUAUCGAAGAACAACUGGAAAUGGUCAGAGAACAAUUGAGAGUCGCAAAGGAACAAACCAAGAUCUUGAGACAGAAAAUCGAGGAGAAUUUGGGAGAAAUAAAAUUGAAGGCUGAAGAACUUCGCGAAAAAGCCAAAGAGCAUGUGGAUGACGUGAAGGAACAGGCUGAAGAAUUGUACGGCAAGGCAAAAGAUCAAUACGAACUCGUGAAGAAAGAUGUGGAAGACAAUAUUGAGAAAGCGAAGGUGAAGUUUGAAGAGGCAAAGGAGAAAAUGAGAGUUCACAUUGAGAAGUUGAGAGAGAAAGCCAGAGAACUCCAAAAAAUUGUCGAAGGACGUGUUGAAGGUUAUGCCAACGACCUGAACGAUACCGUGAGCGACAUGAAAGAGACGAUUCUGGGUCAUGUGGAAACACUGAAGAACCAAGCCACAGUAUACAAGGAUACCAUCGAAGAUAAAGUGGAAGAAUACAAGGACAAAGCGAAGGAAAUGAAGACGACGAUCAUAGGACAUGUGAACAAACUGAAAGAUCACGUGGAAGACAUGCGGGAGACCGUCGCUGAUCACGUGGAGAACAUCACAAGCAAGGCCAACGACAAGGUGGAAAAAUUGAUCGAAAAAGCCAAGGAACUGAAAGAAAUCGCCAUUGAACAAGUGGAAGAAUUGAAGAAAAGAUAUGAAGACUUCAUGAAACAGUAUGAAAAAGCGUUGGAACGAGCAGUUGAGAUGCAGAGACAAGCUGAGGCUGAUUUGAGAGAAGUGUUGGCUCGUGUUUCUAAUGGAUCACAAGCGAUGUAUGAAAGAGCGAAGGAGCUUGCGACUAACAACAUCAAAGUGGCACAAGGUUACAUGAGCAAGGUCCAGGAGAUCUUCACAAAACAGAUGGAGAAACUUACUUUGCAAAAACCAGACGAGGUUGUGGAAAAUCUGCCAGAGAAGCUUCCCACCCUUAAAUCGAAGAAGGAAGCCUAUCUUCGCCUCAGGAAGAAACUCCGAUCUCUAAUCCCCGCACCUUCAGGCUUGUAAAUUAAAAAUUGGGAACGAUGAGAAGGACGUAUUAACAUAAAACUGAUUUUAUUACCGGGUGUCAAUAAUAGAGAUAUUCACAUUAUAUAUUAUACCACAUAGCUUGGCUUUGAUUUCACUGGUGUGUUUGAAAAGUUUGAACGAUAUUGGAGUAGGCCCAGAGACGGAUGACAUUUGUAAGAAGCAUUUGUGAUGGAGUUGUUUGUAAAACCUUCACAAAACAGUUCAAUAAAUUAUGAUCAAAUAUCGUCACGAAGAA